AUGGAUCCACCGCCACCAAAAAGAAGAGGUCGUCCGAGAAAAACAACUAAUAUUGCUAAUGAUGAAGUUCAGACAAGUGAAACUAAAACUAAAUUAAUUGAACCAAAAAUUGAAAAUUUAUUAACAAUGGAAACAAAUAUUGUUCAACAACGAAAAGCAGCGAGAGCUAAACAAAAAUACAAAGAAGUUAGUAGUGGGGAAGAAUAUGAAAAUGAAGGUGAUGAUGAUGAUGAUGAUGAAUUUGAACAAUCUGAUGAAGAUAUUGAACCUCAAAAUCGACGAUCAUCAGCUGCAAAACGUAAAUCAAUAGCUAUUUUAUCAAAAGAUAAAACAGAAAGUUGGGGAAAUUAUCGUAAUACAAUUGAUAAUGGACCUGUUCCACAACAUGCAUUAACUUUAAAUGAAAUAGCGUUUGAUGUAGCACUUAAAUUACAACAUCGUAAUCAAAAUCGACAAUUAACAAUUGAUUAUUUAGAUAAUGAGAAUGAAAUUGAAUUUAUUUAUGAUAAUAAAAUGAAAGAACAAGUUUUAAUUGAUACAUAUCGUAUUCAACUUUCUCAAAAUGUAAACAAUACACCUUUAAUUCUUCCACCUUUCGAAUCUACUGUACAUAAAAAUAAUGUAUUUACAUUAAAUAUGGGUAUUGGUCCAAUACAAUCUCUUGAUUGGCUUUCAAUGCCUACAUCAAAAUGUUCAUUGACACAUCAAUAUUUAGCUGUAGGCUGUUCACGUUCAUCAAUAAUUCCAAAACAUUUUUAUGAUGAAACUUAUUCAUAUAAAAAUUAUAUUCAAAUAUGGAUGUUUGAUUUACCAAAUAUAAAAACAACUCUAUGCCCAACAAAUCAUAAACUUAUUUGUUUAAUACCAAUUAAUGAUGGUGGUGCUAUAUGGACAUUAAAAUGGUCACCAUCAUGUUCAUCACCAUCAGCUUAUUUAGCUGCUGGAACAAGUUCAGGUUCAAUUUAUUUAUAUAAAAUAUUCUCUCAACAAUCAGUAGCAUCAUAUCAAACAACAAAUACAAUCAUUCCAUUUUAUAAAUCAUCGAAAAUCAUUCGAUUUCUACUUAAUGAACCAAAUAAUCAUACACAAUGUUUAGCUAUAGAUUGGUCAACACAUGAUCCAAAUCGUCUUGCUGCUUCUUAUAGUAACGGUUUUAUAGCUCUUUUUCAUGUUAAUACAAACGCAAAACAUUUAAUUGAAAUUAAAUCUAAUCAAGAAAAAGUUGUUUUUCCUAUUCGAUUUAUUCGAAUAUCAUAUACACCAAUUCGUGAUAUUAAAUUCUUAAACGAUUCAUCCAAUCUCGUUGUAACAAUUGCAAAUAUUGCAAAAAGAUUUUCUGUAUGGGAUUUUGAUGAUCUUCAUCAACAUUUAAUUGAUAUUGAAAAUACUGGUACAGAAUCAGUUGUACGAUCUUUAACUGGUGAUCUUUUAUGUGUAAAAGAAUUUACACCAUCGUAUGCUCGAACAAGUGCUUAUCUUGCAUAUGAUCCGGAAAAUAAUAAUCUUCCAAAACAUAUUUAUUUUCAAUCAACACCUGAUCAUGUUUUAAGUGUAGAUUAUUCUCCAUGGCUUGAUGCUACUUUACUGUGUGAUUCAAACGGUUGUGUAUAUUUUUUUCGUUUAACAAAUUUUGUACGAUGGACAAGAAAGAAUGAAUGUUCUUUAAAAUAUCGAUUAAAAUUAUUUUAUAUGAAUGCAAUAAUUAAGUCAGAUAAACAAGAAGAAAUAUCAAAUGUUAAUGACGAAACUGCUGAACCGAUUUUUGAACAAUCGUCAUAUUCAGAUUUAGUUGAUAAAUAUUAUCUCGAUACAAAUUUAUGUUGUGAUCAAAAAUUUGUUAGUAAACAAGAUGAUUUUAGUAAAGCUGGAAGUUAUGCAUUGAAUGCUUUACAUAAAAUUCGUUUUAAUCCAAAUCUUGGUUCAUAUGGUUGGUUUGCAUUUGGUGGUGAAUCUGGUUUGUUAUUCAUUCUUCCACUUAAUCAAUCAUGGUCAAAUCAUGCAAUAAAUAUUUAUGAACAAGAAAAUAAAUCUACAUAA